CUUUAGCUUAGUUUUAGUCUUUUACUAUAUUCAAGUACAUGCUACAGAAAAUAAUGAGAAAUAAAUAAGGGCUUUUGAAAAAUUGCAACUGAUGUUUUUCACCUUCACUCUCAUUCUCAUACCUCAUACUCACCUUCUCUGACGCAACUUCGCAGCUUCAACUCAAUUCAAUGUUUAUAUGACCAAAAGCUCAGGAAUUCAAUCCUUGUUGACCCCCUAAAAGAAAAUUUCAACAUAAGGCAAACGAAAGAGAAGGAAAGUCUAGAGUUCAGGGAGAGUGGUUUCAUGACACUCUCAUGUGCAUAAGCUCAUGUACCAUGCCUUAUUAUGGUAUUUGAAUCUUUGAGAUGAGGUGUGAAUAUUGAAAUUGUUGACAUGACAUCUUUUCCAUUACUGUCAUGCAAAGGGCAUGUAAUGAGGGCUAGUCAGAGUUCAGCCUGAUCACUGGUUCUUUGCUAUGCAUGUGACUUGAACUCUAUAAAUUAGUUGGUGUGACUCUUUUAAUAAUCUUGUAGUCAAAGUUAUUUGAUUUAUGUGUCUACAGAAACGGCUACAUUUAAUUCAAGGUUUGCUGAAAAUGAAGAAGUGGUAUGGAGGCUUGUUGAUCAUGACUCUAGUUAUGAUGUUGGUUUUCCUGUACGGGUAUAAAGGAUUUCAGCCACAGAAACAGUCAGCAAAACAAUCAGCAUAUAAUUUCUUUCAUAACCAACAGGUAGUAGAUGAUUAUGUUAACGGUGGUAGCAGUGCUCCUCCUGUUAACUCAUCUAAGGUGGAACAGAAAAGAGUACCGCUGGUACCAAGAGAAAGGCCACAUUUGAUUCAUGUCGACGGGCUUGAUGAUCUGUAUGGCAUGAAAAAUUUAACUGAAAGAGAGAUGAAUACUGUGAUUGUAUGGUCUUACUUGCAUUCCUUGCUUUCGAGGUCGGAUGCGCUGCCUGAAACUGCUCAAGGAGUUAAAGAAGCUUCUGUAACAUGGAAAAAACUGCUGUCUAUGGUUGAAGAAGACAAAGUUUCUAGGAUUAAUAAUACAGAAAGCCCAGAAAAUCAAAACUGCCCAUUCUCUGUGACCACAUUUGGUAAGACAAUAUCAGGCAGUGGAAUCACUCUCGAGCUCCCUUGCGGUUUGGUUGAAGAUUCUUCUAUUACAAUUAUUGGCAUCCCUAAUGGGAAUAGCAGCUUUCAAAUUGACCUUAUUGGACAAGAGCUUGAAGAGAAGCCAAAUCCUCCAAUCAUCUUAUAUUACAACAUAAGAGUUCCUCAAGAUAACAUGACUGAGGAACCAUAUAUAGUUCAAAAUACAUGGACUAGUAAUUUUGGGUGGGGAAAAGAGGAAAGGUGUCCUGCUCGCGGUUCUGCUAACCAGAAAGUUGAUGGAUUUGCUCUCUGCAAUGUACAAGUCGGAAGUAACAACGAAGACAAUGUAAAUGUGGGUCAACCUACUAGUGAUAUAACUGCUAAUGUUUCCUCAGAAAGUGCACAUAGAACUGGUAAUUUCCCCUUUGCUGAGGGGAAUCCUUUCACUGCCACAUUGUGGGUUGGUUCAGAGGGAUUUCAUAUGACUGUUAAUGGAAGGCAUGAAACUUCUUUUGCGUACAGGGAGGUAAGACUUUUUGUGAUGCAGAAGCUUGAACCAUGGCUAGUCAACAAUGUUAAAGUAGCAGGCAGCCUAAAUCUCUUAUCUGUCCUGGCAAAAGGCUUACCCGUUAUGGAAGAUAGCGAUUUAGUUGAUGUUGAUAAAUUGAAGGCUCCUUCUAUCACCAGGAAAAAGCUUGUUUUGUUGAUUGGAGUGUUCUCUACUGGAAAUAACUUUGAGCGCCGAAUGGCGCUGAGGAGGUCUUGGAUGCAAUAUGAGGCUGUACGUUCUGGAGAAGUUGCUGUCCGAUUUUUCAUUGGGCUUCACAAAAACAAUAGAGUUAACUUUGAGUUGUGGAGUGAAUCUCAAGCAUAUGGGGAUAUUCAAUUAAUGCCAUUUGUUGAUUAUUAUAGUUUGAUUACUUUGAAGACAAUUGCAAUUUGCAUUAUGGGGACUAAAGUCAUGCCAUCUAAAUACAUCAUGAAAACAGAUGAUGAUGCUUUUGUUAGGAUAGAUGAAGUGCUUUCUAGCCUCAAAGGAAAGCCAUCAAAUGGUCUUUUGUUCGGCCUCAUCUCUUCUAAAUCGUCACCUGAGAGGGAUAAAGAAAGCAAAUGGUACAUCAGUGAGAAGGAAUGGCCAUAUGAUACAUACCCACCAUGGGCUCAUGGUCCUGGCUAUGUAAUCUCCCGAGACAUAGCGAAAUUCAUUGUCAAUGGCCACCAGGAAAGAAAACUCCAGCUCUUUAAAUUAGAAGAUGUUGCCAUGGGAAUAUGGAUUGAACAAUUCAAGAAUGGUGGCAAAGAAGUUCAUUAUGAAAAUGAUGAGAGGUUUUACAAUGUUGGAUGUGAAUCAAAUUAUGUACUUGCCCAUUAUCAAAGCCCACGGUUGGUGCUGUGCCUUUGGGAUAAACUGCAAACAGAACAUCAACCAAGAUGCUGUGAGUAGAAUAUAGUACAUAGUUACCAAUCUUUCUUUUGGUUACUCAUGAAUCUGAGGUUUGAGCUUAUUUAAAUUUUUAAGAUAUAUGAGUGUUUGUCAGUGUUACCUUUAAUCAUAUUAGAUGUAUUUUGUAUCAUAUAAUUCAUUGAUUUAUUCAUUGGAAACACUCAUUUUUUCCUAAAAGAGAAGUAGAUUUUUGACU